CCCCCCCCCGUCUUUACAUAAACACAGAGCGGACCCCUGGACCUAAAGCUAGCUGAUUUUUUUUCCUGGGAGGUGAUGUCUUUGCAUUAAUCCUCCAGCUGGAGUCUUCAGGAAAAUCCAGAAAAAUGCACCAGCUGGCCGCUGAACAUCUCUUUCAACAUGCUCACAUUCAGUGUCGACUUUAAUAGUCUUACCUACUCUAAAAUGUCUGUAUGCCGUCGCACAGCGCCUCCCUCUGGACACAACGAAAGGAACGACGCUCAGGCAAAGUGUCCCACCUUCCCGGGGAUGGAUGAUUGACGUCUCGGGAGAGCGUCGAGGUGGGACUUGCGCGCGCCUUCUUCUCCAAUGGAGACUCGACGGGGGCGGAGGCUCCUCAUUAGGAGUCAGUUAACACACACAAGAGAAACAAUAACACACUUGACGUCCUAAAUCCUUCACAUGGGAGGGCGGCCAGUUAAGGACUGCGGAGAGCUUUGUUUUUUGUCAUUUUGGGGGUGACGAGGACGCGCAUUCAAGCAGGCGCGACACUUUUAAUCCCAUUAGAAGCCUGGAACGUGCACGUUCACCUCUCUCUCUCUCUCCGUCGCUCUGUCUCUCCGUGUAGCGGCGCAGGAGUGGCCAAAGCCAAAAGCAGCGAUUCAGAUCAGAUUUCAGCAAGAGAAAGAGAGAGAGAGUGCGCUUGCUUGUGCGUGUGUGUGCGAGGCAGUCAGUCUCCCUCCUCCCAAAUCUCCAAAAGCUCACCGAGGAGGCGCGGCGAGAAGAAUCCAGAGGAAUUUUGCGCGGAUAUUUCCUUCCCUUUUUUUUUUUUCAGCAGCCAUCGCUCUCCCGUCCUCUCCCCCCUUCUCACCGCCCCUCUUCCCCCGCUUUUAUUGUUUACAUCCAAAAUAAAUCACGAGAAGAGAAUCCGAGAUUGAAAAGUUGGAGGCGAGGCAGCAAGGACCGUGGCCGAGGAUGGACGAGCAGCCUCGCUUGAUGCACUCUCACGGGGUAGGCAUGGCCGGACACCCCGGCCUGGCGCAGCAUUUGCCGGAUGGCACCGCGGGGACGGACGGCGAGGGGAGGAAGCAGGACAUCGGUGACAUUUUACAGCAAAUCAUGACCAUCACCGACCAGAGCCUGGACGAAGCGCAGGCGAGGAAACAUGCAUUGAACUGUCACAGAAUGAAACCUGCUCUCUUCAACGUCUUGUGUGAAAUAAAGGAGAAAACAGUGCUCAGUAUUCGUGGCGCCCAGGAGGAGGAACCCCCUGAUCCGCAGCUGAUGCGCCUGGACAACAUGCUGCUGGCCGAGGGCGUCGCAGGGCCCGAGAAAGGCGGAGGGUCGGCAGCCGCUGCGGCGGCGGCUGCGGCCACCGGGGGCAUCGGCGCCGACAACUCGGCAGAACACUCCGACUACCGGGCCAAGCUGACGCAGAUCCGACAGAUUUACCACACGGAGCUGGAGAAAUACGAACAGGCGUGCAACGAGUUCACCACCCACGUGAUGAACCUGUUGCGGGAGCAGUCUCGAACGCGACCCAUCUCGCCCAAGGAGAUUGAAAGAAUGGUCAGCAUCAUCCACCGCAAGUUCAGCUCCAUCCAGAUGCAGCUCAAGCAGAGCACCUGCGAGGCCGUCAUGAUCCUUCGCUCGCGCUUCCUCGACGCCAGGCGAAAGAGGAGGAACUUCAACAAACAGGCGACAGAGAUUCUAAACGAGUACUUUUACUCCCAUCUCAGUAACCCUUAUCCAAGUGAAGAGGCCAAAGAAGAGCUGGCCAAGAAAUGCAGCAUCACAGUGUCACAGGUGUCCAACUGGUUUGGAAACAAGAGAAUCCGCUACAAGAAAAACAUUGGCAAGUUCCAGGAGGAGGCCAACAUGUAUGCGGCGAGGACGGCGGUUAACGCCACCAGCGUGUCUGCGCACGGCAGCCAGGCCAACUCGCCCUCAACUCCCAAUUCAGCAGGUUCUGCUGGCUCGUUUAACAUGUCAAACUCCGGAGACUUGUUCAUGAGUGUGCAGUCCCUCAAUGGGGACUCAUACCAAGGGGGGCAGGUGGGGGCCAACAUACAAUCCCAGGUGGAUACCCUUCGCCAUGUUAUCAGCCAGACCGGCGGAUACAGUGACAGCCUCGCCGCCAGCCAGAUGUACAGUCCGCAGGGCAUCAACACAAACGGUGGCUGGCAAGAUGCUCCGACCCCUUCGUCAGUGACAUCACCCACGGAAGGACCCGGAAGCGUUCAUUCGGACACCUCCAACUGAAUCCGUCCACCCUGCCGUCGUCACCUGUAUAAAAAGCUGAACUGACCUUCACAGUAUUGAAAACAAAGGAGUUCACGAGGUACCGUGGAAAUGCCGAGAGCAGAAAAACCCAAUAGUAUUUCCUCUGCUUGUAACCUUGGACAUUUGGGAUACAAACAUUGAAAUUCUAAAGAAAUCAGCGGAGAGCUUUCUUUGUACAGCGUUCACACACGUUCUAUUCUAUUCUAUUUCGAGGGCUGGGCUUACUUAGGAUUCACCCGUUUCCACUUCCGACGCAGCAAACGCUAACGUAAAUAAACCCGAGCGUCGCUCGCUUUUUGUCGUCAUUCUACCUCUCGGCCACUCAAAGAAGAAAGUAGAAAAACGGCAGUUGUUUUGUAAAAAGUUGUCUUUACGAGCAAGAGGCACAUCUUCUUACUUAUUCUACAUUUCGUUGUCUCUCACCUAUUCUAUUCUAUGGUACGCCAUUUUAGACUAAUAUUGCUCAGUUGUUUACAAUGUGUGCUUGAUCCAAGUAUGUCCAACCCCCAACCCUGACCCGGUCCCCCUUUCGCCCGCCUGUGUCUCCGGCGUCUUUGAACCCAGUUUGUGUCGGGACAUGUCCACCUCUAAGGUAACCCUGUGAAGUAUGUUAUCUGUAAAACAAUAAAGAAAUACUUGUCAUCA